AUGCAGCGGGGUGUGACAGACUAUCCCUUUCGGAAGAAAAGUGAGGACCAGCUGUCAACCAACCAGCCGCCGUUCCUACGGAGUGAGAGCGAACCUUCGUGCCGCACAGCACCUUCACAUGUGACCGCCGAAAUCAUGGGUAUGGAUCACAAUGUUGUGGCCAAUUUUCAAGCUCUCCAAGAUUAUAAACCAAACAAGCAGCUCAAACGAAUCGCGUUGAAUGUUGCUUUGUGCAUCGUGAAUAUUCUGGCUGGCUGCUUGGUGCCAGCUAUUGCUGACAAAUCCCGGACGGCCACACUUUAUGAAAGCAGAGAUGGUGAGCUCGUGGUAACAGGAAAGAGAUUUCCCUAUGAUCCUGCUACAGUGGUCGCGGCUGAAUCCCUAGCCAACGUCCUCAUUGGAAUGAUCGCCAUGGGGAAGCAAAAGCAACAAGCUCCGCUUUUGGACGUUCAAGAGCACAAAGAAUACAUAGAGCUCACAUUGACGUAUUGCCUUGGAGACCUUGCCGCCUUGCAAGCAAUUGGCUGUGGAGGUGGCAUUCUUUAUCUGACGGUUGGAAAUUCGCGAUUGCUGUUUGCCGCGCUGGCAUCCAAGAUCAUUCUGAACCUUCUGCUUGGCGUCGUUUUUUCCUCUCACAUUAAAAUGGGUUCCUCUGAGUUCCUCUCUACAAUUUUUGCUGCCAUGAAACAUCGAUAG